AUGGAUUGUGAGGCAAAGCACAUGGAAGAUAGAAGCAACUCUCUGCGAGGCAUCCUGUCGAAUGAGCUGCUGCGCACUUCGAACGCGCUCGCUCCAUCGAAGCGAAAGGGAGAGCGAAGCAAGAGCGAGGGAAGAGCGCCUGAGAGGAGACGUUCUCCGGAGCCACUCGCUCUGCAUAUGGAGCGCUCCGCGCCGCCCCCGGUCGCCGCGCCUUCCUCGCCCGCGCAUGCGCUCGUGCGCGAGGAGAGAGGAACCAAGGACCCAGCAAUUAUCAUCGAGGCGCACGGAGGGUUAACACUGAAGAAAUAUUCGUCUUGCAAUUCAGUCACUGGAUAUGAGGGAAGGAAAUCAGGAAAUAGUGUUAAUAAAUAG